UACAAGCAAAUCUGCUUUCGAAGAAGUGCACAACCCAACUCAGAUAACGACAAGCACGUUGCAUAAGGCCUUGCAUCAAUGCAGCAUGGAUUACACAUGCAAUUACAUUGUUAAGGAUGUUAAGAGCCACACUUAUAAUAGAUUUAAAGAUGAGCAAGAGAUCCCGGCUGAAAGAUCGAACUUUGUUAUAUGGUCAAAGAAACAAGCAACAAGAGGCGUUCCAGGGAAUAUCGCUUAUAAGAAACCGUCCUCGCAUUCAUCCGCUAAUGAAUAUGGUGGAAUUACAUUUGUUGCCAGCUUUGGAAAUGACGGUGACAGAACUGGAGACUGGCAGCGAUGCAGUAUCACCAAAAAAGACAUGGCACCCUGGUGGCAAGUGGACCUGACAAGGCAAGCUGCGGUCGCAAGUGUCCAAAUAAGAAAUGGCGCAGCUUGGGAUCCUCACAGAAUCAAUCCAUUCGAUGUCAGUGUUGGGGAUGAUAGAUCAAGUGGCGGACGAAACAAUGCGCUUUGCGUGAAAGAUGGAAGGUUGGCAAGUGGUGAAUUGAAAAAGUUCGAUUGUCCAAGGCCUUUGCUUGGUCGGUAUGUGACUGUGUUCUUGAACAGGCAAGAAUAUCUUCAAGUAUGUGAGCUUGAGGUUUACGAAUUUCAAACAGAAUGGUUCGUAUAAAGCAUCGUUUAAUGUUUUUUCAUGUUCGAUAUUGAUUGUUCUAUAUGUUCUGUAAACAGUCUGUAACAAUAGCUUAAUAUACCUUAAUUGUAAUGAGAAGGCUAUUCAGCUCAACUUUUACUUUCUCUGGAUGUCGCUGACUUAAUUUCGCUUAUGUAACAUUGGUUGUUGAAUUAUCUCCUAAAGUCCUGCUAACACAGAAGUGAAUCCGAAAGAGCAAAGAGUUUUUCUUGAUAUUGCACGACUUUCUGAAAUGAUUUGUCUGAAACUGCAUAGGAUUUUAUCUAGAUACGCUUAUUUUAUAGAUUGUUGUUGUAGCUGACCCGAAUAAAACCUGAUCUAUUGGGGCCAGUUUAAGUACGACCCACUCUUCUUCUAGCUGGAAAGCAUUUGUUGCAUCUGGAUUCAUUAAAUUUGCAACGUGUAAUACCAAACAAAUCCGGUCUCAUGCCUGUAGCCCCAAAGGCCAGUCGGUCUCAUGCCUAGUAGAAAAGGAUAAUCCACUUAAUGAAUGAAUUGGUGUAUAGAACAGGACUAUUCAAUGAAUGAACAUCUCAUUUCUGAUAAACUGAGUAUAUUCCAGUUCAGUCUGCUCAUUUCGUUUCUUAGUAUUUCGAUCUUUCCAAAUCCAUUCACUGUUCUCACAUUCCAUGUUCCUAUGAUGAUUUCUGUUCCUAUGAGGUUAAUACCGCGGUCUGCAGUAGCUAACUUAUCGCCUCCGCCCUGAAGACAAUCUACGGAAAACUCGAUCGUUUUUAUCCUGGGCCUCGAUCGAUCCAGUAUGGAAUUCUGGUUUGUCUUGUUCAUGGGUGAAUCAGUAGGCAUGUAGUUCAGCGGCGCACAUCUCCUCUCCCAGUAUAGAUGGCUGUUGACUCAAAGAGUUCAUCCGCAUUUUAACACAUCUUUUUUGUUCCGCUUGAAUGGUGUUCACGCACCCUCCUCCCCCAAAAAGGGUUGGGAUGCCAGUUUGGUCGCCGGCAUCUCGAUCAUGUAGACAGGUAAUACUGGAUGGCAUGACCACCAUUAGCAAGUCUCGCGACCUAACCUUACAGAUAUAUAUACACUUGUGUAAUUUAUUUUUGUUUAAAAUGAAUCUUUAUAGAUACAUUUUGCAACUAUAAAGAUUUUUAGUUUUUCAGCUUGAUGCAAUAUGAGUACAAAUAUUUGUAUAACUAUAUUAAGAACGGAUUACAUAUAAUACUUUAACGAAAGCAGCUAUGUCGUAUCAUUGUGUUCACUCUAUGUCAUGAGGU